AUGCGUUUUUUUAGUGCGCGAUGCACCUCUACUGCCAGGUUAGAUGGCAAAACUGCAAUAAUUACGGGGGCCAAUACCGGUAUUGGCAAAUGGACUGCAAAAGAUUUUUUUGAGAGGGGCGCUAGAGUGAUACUAGCUUGCAGAAAUGUCCAAAAAGGCGAAAAGGCCGUCGAAGACAUAAAAUCUCUCUCUGCUGACCAGAAAACGAACCUUGGGCAGCUCCUGGUGAUGCCUUUGGACCUGUCGAGCCUGAAUUCGGUGCGAACCUUCGCUGGCAAAUUCCUCGAGUCCGAAGAAAGGCUCGACCUGCUGAUCAACAAUGCCGGAGUCAUGAUGUGCCCAGAGAUGAGAACCGAGGAGGGAUUUGAGAUGCAAUUCGGAACGAACCAUUUGGGACACUUUUUGUUGACUUUGUUGCUGCUGCCGAAAAUUUGCCAGUCUACUCCUGCGAGGAUAGUGAAUGUUUCGUCUGUAGCUCAUAGCAUGACAUCAUCGAUAGAUUUCACGGAUUUGAACUGGAAUAAAAGGAGUUAUAGUGCCUUGAAAGCCUACCAACAGAGCAAGUUGGCGAAUGUACUCUUCACAAAAGAACUAGCUCGUAAAUUCAACGAAAAUAACAUCACUGGCGUUACGACCUACAGCCUCCAUCCAGGCGUCAUCAGAACCGAACUGGGCAGACACAUGAGCAAAACCUACUUCUCAGGUGUCAGAUGGUUCUGGGACAACAUAGCAGGCCAUUUCAUCAAGACCCCCGAACAAGGCGCGCAGACGCAAAUCCACUGUGCAGUGGACGAAUCAUGUGCCAAGGACACCGGUUUAUACUACUCAGAAUGCAGCGUUGUCGAACCCUCCAAGUUAGCCAAAGACGAAGAAACGGCUAGUACGUUGUGGAGCAAGAGUUUGGAGCUGGUGGGACUGGAACCGGACUAUAACCCCUUCAAAAAUCUUAAAUAA